UGUGUCGAUGCACAGAGACAAACAAUAAAGGAGAAGACAGACUUCCAAGGGUCUUGUUGAGUCAUGCUUUGCAGGAGUCUUUGCAUGACCUCAUGGUAAAGAAGCGUUGGUACCGUGACAGAGAUGACUUCACUGUCAUUGUGCAGGACGCACCUUUAAUCACAGACCUUUCUUCUGUCUCUAGUGGGAAGCAUCUCUUUAAGUCAGCGUCACAACAAACUGAUAAACUGAUGGUGCAGCUGUGGACAAACCUGCUGCAGCCAACAAGUGGCCAACGUAACACAGAAGACAAUGGAAAGAUUAUCGCAUUGCCAUGUCCAACUGAGGACCGACCCUUCUUAAGGACAGAGGGAAACUCUCCUUCACAUCACUACGGCGAUGCUUCUUCUCUCCUCCUCCCAGUCACAGGCACAGAGAUGCCCUGUAAGGACUUCAGCCCCUCACCCUCCACACCCACCUCAGUCCAUGAACUUAGGCCUGGAGAUAUCAACGUGGUGGCUGCUGUGGGAGACUCUCUGACAGCAGGGAACGGUAUCGCAUCCAGCCCUAACAACAUCCUGGACGUCUUGAAUCAGUACAGAGGUUUAUCCUGGAGUAUUGGUGGAGAAGAAAACCUCACAACUGUCACCACGCUGCCCAACAUUUUAAAACAUUUUAACCACAACCUGACGGGCUACUCUGUUGGCAAUGGCAAGCAGCAAACUCCUCAGGCAUUCCUUAACCAGGCUGUAGCGGGAGCUAAGAGCAAGGACUUAUCAACACAGGUGCGAGCCCUGGUGGCAAGGAUGAAGAAUGACUUUAGAAUCAAUUUUGAAUUAGAUUGGAAGGUGAUCACCCUUUUUAUUGGUGGAAAUGACCUAUGUGACCACUGCUCCAACUCUCUCCUUUACUCUAAAGAGAAUUAUAUUCGUAAUGUUCGAGACAGCCUGGAUUAUCUACACAAAGAGAUACCUCGGGCUCUGGUGAACUUAGUAGAGCCUCUCCAUAUUAUACCUCUGAGAGAAAUGCACAGCGACACUUCACUGAAAUGUCCAACUUGGCUGCUAAAAACACUGUGUUCUUGUGUUAUUUUGCCAAUGCCCAACUCUGAAGCUCUGCAAAGGGUGGAGGACAUCAAUAGAAACUAUCAGCGUUUACUGCAUGAGCUUGUGGAGUCAGGCCGGUACGACACUCGCUCAGACUUCACUGUGGUUGUCCAGCCUUUUUUCAGAAGCAUCGUCGUCCCCAGACUGACGGAUGGUCGUGUAGAUCGCUCCUUUUUCAGCGCUGACUGCUUCCAUCUGAGCCAGAAGGCCCAGACGAUGUUAGCUCGCUCCCUCUGGAACAACAUGCUGGAACCUCUGGGCAAUAAGACUACCAUGCAGGAUUUUACUGUAGACUGCGACCUGAAAUGUCCAACUACGACUUCACCAUUCAUCCGUACCUAUAACAACAGCAAUUACACAUAUGGUGACCCCUCUCCAACACCUGGACCUAUCACCAACUGGGGAUCUGAUUUCUCCUGUGUGGACCUUGCUCCAUCUGACACUGUGCCAACUUCAGUUCACAAGCUGAGACCAGCAGACAUCAAGGUGGUGGCAGCACUGGGAGACUCAACAACAGCAGGCACUGGCGCUAAGGCAAAGAAGCUGUUUGACCUCAAUAAAGAGUAUAAAGGAGUAUCAUGGAGCAUUGGAGGGGAUGAGACUCUGGAGACGGUCACAACACUACCAAACAUUUUGAAGAAGUUCAACCCCUUCAUAAAGGGCUUCUCCAUAGGCCAAGGCUCCAGCCAGAAGUUCUUCAACAUGGCUGUACCUGGAGCCAAGACUUUAGAUAUGACAUUACAAGUCCAAGCUCUCAUCAAGGCCAUAAAAGAAAAUAAGGAGGUGAAUUUUGAAAAGGACUGGAAAAUUGUGACAAUAUUUGUUGGAGGAAAUGAUCUUUGUAAUUACUGCAUAGACCAGAAUAAUCUGUCACCCAAGAACUACAGCCACAAUCUGAUGCUCAGUUUGGACAUGUUAUACAAAGAGGUACCAAGGUUGUUUGUCAAUGUUGUGGCAGUCUUGCAGAUAGAUCCGUUGAAAUCAGUUAUGAGGAACACGCUUGGCUGUUCCCUCUUGCAGAGGACCAGCUGCCCCUGUGUUAUCAAUCCAGCUGUAAACUCCCCAGAGCUUGAAGAGAUAAAACAAAUCAAUCGCAAGUAUCAGGCUGAGAUCGAGCAUCUUCUUUCUGGAAAUCGCUAUGAGGGAAAAGAAGACUUUUUUUUUGCUGUUGUCCUUCAACCCUUUUUACACCAUUCCUUUAUCCCUUAUAUUGGAGAGGGUGAGGUUGACUCAAGUUUCUUCUCUGUGGACUGUUUCCAUAUCAGUGAGCGAGCUCAUGCUGAGAUGGCCAUUGCCUUGUGGAAUAACAUGUUGGAGCCCGUAGGCAGCAAGCAGAACUACAACAAUUUCACAUAUGACCGCUCAAAGAUCCACUGUCCCUCUGAGGCUAAUCCCUUCAUCUUCACUAAGAUCAACAGCCUACCAAGUCCACCAGUGAGCACCACCAGUCCUGCACCAACCAUCCCUGUGCCAAAGUGUCCCUCCUCCAUGCCUGUGUGGGUGCCAGUGAUUGUGGGAAUCGUUAGUUUACUGGCUGGCAUUGUUUUUGCCUGGCUAAUUAUCUCCAGCUGUCAGCGUCGGAAUAAACAAAUUGGAGAAAGAAGUAGAAAUUAAAGGAACUCGUUUUUAAUGCAGUUGUUGUGAUGCUGUAUUUAUUGUCAACAGU